CUGGAGGAACUGCUAUGUUAUUAUUUAAUUGUACAUUCGGAAUAUUUCGAUCCUUAGACGAGCAACCCUGUGAUGCUUCAACGUAUGCUUUAGUUUUUGGUCAUCCUAAAGUUUAUUUUUUGCUAUUGCCUGGCGUUGCCAUGUCAUGUCACAUUUGUAUUGACUUGAUAAAUUCAGAGGCUCCUUGUGGCUAUCUGGAAGAAGGCAAUCUUUCAUUACCCAUUCUAGCCUCUUGCCCCCUGGCUAGUCUGGCCUUAGGGUCCCGACUCCGAGUCCCUUCCAAACACUAA